CGCAUCGCCGAUUCCCCAUUCGCUCGCCGCGCCUCGCCGAUCCCCACAGCCCGACCGCCAUGCCGCCAGCCGCCGCGCCCGCGCCGCCGGCGCCGAGCCUGGACGCGCGCACGGGCGGCCGCGUCCUUCGCCGAGCGGCUGCGCACCUCCUCCACCCGGCCUCCCUCCCGCCUCUCCUCCUCGCGGCGCUCCUGCUCCUCCUCUUCCGGUCGGCCCUCCUCGCUGGCACGCUUCGCCUUUCCUCCUUCGCCGACCGCGAUCCCGCCCUCCGCUCCCUCCUCCUCCGCCUCUCCCCUCCCGCACCGCCCUCCCCGCUGCCUCCCCAGCACCACCUGCCCCGUCGCCGGUCCCCUUUCACCUCCUCCUCGUCCUCCCUCUCCGACGACGACUUCCUCGUUGGCCCCCUGGACCCGGCUUCCUCGGAAACCUCCCACUGGCGCAACGCUUCCCACCACAACAUCUUCUUCACCUCCUUCUCCAUCCCCAAACCCUACCCCAUACCCCUCUCCCAGCAGCUUUCGGCAUCCGCUUCCCCCUUCUUCCUUGCCGUCCACAAUGAUACCUCCUCACCGAAGCCUGCCUCGCCCCGGGGUGGUGAGCUCCGGCUGCUCGACUUGACAAGGCGUGACGCCGCGGCCAUCAUCAACCUCCUCGCGCUCCUCUCGUCCGCACAUGUGCUCGCUAUCCUCGGGUACAUCACCGUGCAUUCCAUCGCUCUCGGAACAGUGUUCGCAUCUGUAGCGGGGCGCUACUUGCCUGAACGGCGGCGAGGGUUCUUCCUCUCCGGCGCUGCAAUGGGUGCCAAGCGGCUCACGGGGUUCGCAUUCCUAAGGUGGGCAACUCGGGAUGCGGUUGUGCAGAUGCUCUGCCUGUGGUUCUUCGCCGACGUGCAUGACCAGGCACAGCUGUUCAGGCUCUUUGUUGUUGCCAAACUCAUGCCUUUCUCGGCAUCCGCCAACCCAUGGCUCACUGCUGCCAUUUCAGGCCCAGAGCUCGAUGGGUUCUUCAUUGCGUGGGCUCUUCUUGAUGCAGUUGUCUCGGUGUUAUUCACGGUAGUGCCAUGGGUGGUCGCCAUGGAUCGUGAUCCUCGUCCGCCUGGUCGUAACGCUGUGAAGGAAGGCUGUUAUCUUGUGUCACUGAUGGCAACCGACGCUACACUGAUCAAGUGCUGGGAGACAGUGGUGUGUGGCAGCAUGGGGCGACUCAUUCUGGUGACAUUUGGUGGGAAGGUUCUUGGCGGGUUCCUCCACUCAUUUGCAGAGGUGUACUUCAUGGUGGUGUGGCUGAUGUUUUACUUCACAGCAAGGUGUAAGGAGUCACGAUUGGGUGGCCGCCAAUUUGGACUCGAGGAUGUGGCAACUGCUCUCAAUUGAUUCAAGCAACGAUUGGUUGACAGUGUUACACUGGUGCUGCAAUACAUGAAGAGACAUUUAUCAUUCACGGCGUGA